AUGUCAGCAAUCCCUGAGCCUAAGAUCAUUCAGAAUGAUGAUGGUUCCAAAACUGUGAUUAGUUUCAAAAUCCAGGAUGGAAAGAAGUACAAGGUCACUCAAAAAGUUAAGGAAAUAACUGUUACCGAGAAAGUGAACAAGAAUAUUGCUAUGAGAAGGAACUGGAAGAAAUACGGUGCUGAUAAGGGUAGUGCACCAGGUCCAGAUAUUUCCACCACGCAAUUGGGUGAAGAACUAGAUUUGGAAUUGUCUCCUAACUGGAAGGAGAACGAAGAAGAAAAGGCCAAGGAGAAGGCUGCCAACUCCACUCAAAAGGUAAUUACUUGUAGAAUCUGUGGUGGUGCGCAUUUCACCAUGCACUGUCCUUACAAAGAUACCUUGGGUAAGAAGCCUACUACGGCUGCUGGUCUGGAUCCAGCUAUCGGUGGUGGAGAUAUGAGCGUAGGAGGCGGUUCUGGACCUGGUAAGUACGUCCCACCAUCAUUACGUGCUGGUGCACGUGACCCAUCGUCUAAUGCUUACCUAGAUCAAAGAGAACGUGAUGACGCAAAGACCAUUAGAUUGACUCAAGUUAAUGAGCUUGCUGAUGAAGAAGUGCUUAAAAGAGAAUUGUUAUUCCCAUUCGGCGAAAUCUCGAGAGUCUUCGUUGUUAAGAACCCAGAGACUGGUAGAUCCCGUGGUGUUGCUUACGUUACUUUCCAAACUGAAGAAAUUGCUGCUCAAGCUUUGAAAUUGUUAGAUGGUAGAGGUUUCAUGAACUUCAUGUUGCACGCAGAAUGGUCUAAGCCAAAGCCAAAGAAGGAAGCUCCUUAG